GAUAACGAGCUUGACGAGUCCACCGACGAGCCGCAGCCGAUGUCAGCCAUCAGCCGCUCGUCUGAGCCUGUUAGGGAGGAGAGACCCAUACCUGUUCCUCAUGAGCGUUUAAAGAAAUCUGCGAGUAAAGAGGUGCAGCGGGACCCCAGCCCGCCUCCAUCAUUUGUUCCUGAACCCCCUAAGGUCCGGGCAGCUUCACGUCCUGCAGACGCCAGGAGUUUGGACUCUCGUUCCAGCAGCACAGUCAGCAGUGAUGCUCCUGUCGGUAACAAACCUCUUCCACCGCCGGUAGCUCAGAAGCCCAGUUUCACAGUGAAGACUGGCUCAGCUGACGAUACGACCUCUAACCCUGUUGUCGACCCCGCCAACCACACCUUCCGGGGAAAGGUGAAGGCCUUUGAGCAAAUGGACCACCUGGCCCGGGCCAAAAGGAUGCUUGAGCUGCAGGAGGCCGAACAAGCACGGGUUUGUGUCUCGUCUCAGAGCCGCUCUCACCACCACGCCGAUGAUGAAGAGGAGUAUCGACGCCAGCUGGCAGACCAAACCCGCAGAGGCUACUACAGUGCCCAGAAAUACAACGACACUGAACUCUAA